CCGUACUUACUCUCUGAUGUUCUCAAGUUCCACCCAGAGUUUCAACUGUGAGUGAGAGCGGUUGCUCUCUCUCAGUCUCGCGUUAGGGUUCUUACGGGUUCCGGUUGUUGCCUCGAGUCUUGACGAUGGCCGAGAGGGAGAUGUCAGCAUCGUUCCUCCUCCUUCUACUAGCUUCGUCACUCCUUCGGAUUUGUGCAGGGGAUCCCUUGUUCUAUGAGUCGUUCGAUGAGCCGUUCGAGGGACGUUGGAUUGCAUCGGAGAAGGAGGACUAUAAAGGUAUAUGGAAACAUGCAAAGAGUGAUGGUCACGAAGACUAUGGGCUACUUGUUAGUGAGACGGCUAGGAAGUAUGCGAUUGUAAAGGAACUUGAUGAACCUACUGUUCUGAAGGAUACAACUGUUCUACAGUUUGAGGUUCGAUUUCAGAAUGGACUCGAAUGUGGAGGGGCAUAUCUGAAGUAUCUCUGUCCUCAAGAUGCUGGAUGGACUCCUAAGGGUUUCGACAAUGAGUCUCCAUACACUAUCAUGUUUGGACCUGAUAAAUGUGGGUCCACAAAUAAGGUGCACUUCAUCUUUCAACACAAGAAUCCAAAGACUGGGAAGUUUGUAGAACAUCAUCUAAAAUAUCCUCCUUCCGUCCCAUCUGACAAAUUCACUCAUAUCUAUACCGCAAUUCUAAAACCUGAUAAUGAACUAAGAAUUUUAAUUGAUGGGGAGGAAAAGAAAAAGGCAAAUUUCUUAUCCACCAACGACUUUGAGCCGGCACUUAUUCUGCUUAAGACAAUACCUGAUCCUGAUGACAAGAAACCUGAUGACUGGGAUGAGAGGGCUAAAAUUCCAGACCCAGAUGCUUUAAAGCCUGAUGACUGGGAUGAAGAUGCACCUAUGGAGAUUGAAGAUGAAGAAGCGGUCAAGCCAGAAGGAUGGUUGGAUGAUGAACCUGAAGAAAUUGAUGACCCUGAAGCCACAAAACCAGAAGAUUGGGAUGAUGAAGAGGAUGGAGAAUGGGAAGCACCCAAAGUUGACAACCCAAAAUGUGAAGCUGCACCUGGCUGUGGAGAAUGGAAGAGACCAAUGAAGAGAAACCCAACAUACAAAGGAAAAUGGCAUGCUCCUUUAAUUGACAACCCAAACUACAAGGGUAUCUGGAAGCCACAAGAGAUAGAUAACCCUGAUUAUUUCGAGCUCGACAAACCAGACAUUGAGCCAAUUGCUGCUAUUGGUAUUGAGAUUUGGACAAUGCAGGAUGGUAUUCUGUUUGACAAUGUUUUGAUAGAUACAGAUGAGAAGGUUGCUGAAUCAUAUAGGCUGGAGGCAUGGAAGCCAAAGUAUGAGGUUGAGAAAGAAAAGCAGAAGGCUGAAGAACCCUCUGAUGUGUCUUCGGAUUGGUUUUCAGCUGUCCAGAAGAAAGUAUUUGUUGUUCUUUAUAGGAUAGCUGAUAUUGCACUACUGGAGCCCUACAAGAUCAAAAUUAUUGAUGUCAUUGAAAAAGCAGAAAAACAACCUAACCUCACUAUAGGAGUCCUGGUUUCCAUACUGGUCAUAUUCGCUACUGUCAUUUUCAAGCUUCUCUUCGGCAGAAAGAAACCUCAAUCACCGGCUCCACCAGCCGCUACUGUCGCACCAGCUGCUCAACCCCAGAACCCUGAUUCUGUAGAGUCUGAAGUUCUAGGAAGCAGUGAAGAGAAAGAAGAGGAAGGGAAGGAUGAUGUAUCAGCACCUCGCCCUAGGAGAUCUAGGAGGGAGACAUAAAGGUAAUCAGGUCUUCAAAUUUGGUGUGCUAUAAAUAUAUUCAGUCUUCGGUUUGAAGUUUCAGAAGUUAACUUGGAAAAGAUGGAUUUUUAGUUUAUCUUUCCUCUCUUCUUGUUUUUCUUAGAAUCAACCUGAAAAAGAUGGAUUGUACUAGAAUUUUUUGAUGUACUUAAAAAUCAGUAGUUCCUGGGUACUGUUUUAUGUGUCUAAACAGCUUAUCAUCCAUCGCUUUGAAGUUUGCCUAUUUA